UCUUGCUGCCUUUCUACAUCAUGGCGGUUGCGGACUCGUGAACUGGAACCAAAAGUGGCUUUUUGUUCAAUUCUGCGACUUUUUUUUUUCCUUCACCCUCCCUUCCUCAACAAAGAAAAGAAAAAAAAACGCCUCUAAAAAUGAGUAGGUUACAGGUCACCGGGCCCUUUAUUGGCUGCCUGUUACCCCAAAAUGGAAUCGUAGACGGCUCGGUCCUCUGCGGCUCUCCCCACGUCCCAAUGGCCGCGGCCUCGUCGCAGCAGCUCCACCGGGCCCCGGCGACCUUGGACUCCGCCAACGGCAACAGCGGGACCGCCAAGCCGCGACCCGGGGCGCUGGAAAUGCCCCCGAAGGUUGGAUUCGCCACCGUAAACCAUUGCAACGACGCCGCGGAAGGCAGUGAUGACUCGUCGCCGGGUACGCCCGACCCCCAGGACGAGCACGCUAACAGAAGCUGCGGCGGCGACGACGCCUUGGACGUCCAGACCAGGAACCUCAUUAGCCUCUUCCUUACUGACUUUACCGGCCUGUCGACGGCUCGCUGGAACAAAAGCAAGGAAUAUUCGACUUUGGAAAGAGUCGUGUUGAGUUUGUUGGAAAAGCAUAAAUAUAAGUACAAUGGCAUCAUCAACAAAUUGUCUCUGGACGACCGAGGGGACAACAUGGGCUUCGUCACUGAAGUUGCCAAGAGCCUGUUCUCAGACGGGACCACCAACUGGGGCCGUGUCUCCAGCCUGGUGGCCUUCGGGGCUGUGGUGUCCCAGUACCUGAAGGAAAAGGGCCAAGGUCACUGCGUGGAGCUAGUGGCCCAGGAGAUCUCGUCAUAUCUGCUGGUGCACCAGCGCAACUGGCUGGUGGAAAACAACUCUUGGGAUGGCUUUGUAGAGUUCUUUCGAGAAGUUGACCCGGAGUCUACAAUUAGGAACACUCUAAUGGCCUUUGCUGGAGUGGCCGGUAUCGGUGCCACACUGGCCCUGUUGAUCAGGUGAAUUUGUUGGACUCUCUAAAGACAUUGUUUUGAAACCACGAUGCUGGAUACAUUUAAGCAACGUCCACAUUUCCCUGGGACAUAAAAGAUGGAAGUGAAGGCAAAGUCGCUGUUGUGGCAGUUGAAUUUUCCCGACUGCAGUUUAAAGUUUGAUCACAGACACGGCCUACUAUUCUCACCAGUUGACUUUGUCCAGCAAUUAGUAGUUAUUUAAUUUACGAAGAAAUUUAUUUUUCUAAUAGAUGUAAAAUAUGUUUCUAUGCAAAUUUGUAAAGGAUUCAAGUCUGAUUUUUGCGCUUGUUUUGUGAUGAGGUUUACGUGCUGAAAACAUUACUCUGCACCAGCGUAGUUGUAUGAAUCUGUAGCGGGAAGCAUGAGCCACAUCUUCCAUGCACAGCGACGACGAAACUCAUUUCCAUAAGUCCCAUAACGGAACAAUCCAGCUUUGUGAGCGGAGCGCGGUGCAUUUGCAUCGGUCUCGCUCGGCACUUCCUCUCGAGUCGAAUCGGCGCCAGGAGUUGAAGAACUGCAGAACUUUCGGAAGUACUGCGGCCUGGAGGUUUUUGAAUCGCAUAAGAGUCGUUCCAAGGACUGAGUUUGAAUUGCAUUGUUAAAAACACCGCGCAAAUACCGUACGUCUUCAGCAAGGGCGAACACUCUGCGCUGGCACGGGUCCAGCUGUAAGCUACCACGACAAUGUGUUGUUGGAACAAAAUGGGUUCAUUAGUUAAUAAAAGAAAAUAACCUGAAA